AUGCGUGCAAACGAUUCCGGGUAUUCGGAAUUUUGGACAUUGGAAUCCUCAUUUUGUAACCGUGCCCUGAAUACUGUUGUUGAAAGCAAACUCCUUGCUGUGUAUUUCCCUAUCGUCAACGGCCAGGUCUUGAUCACUGUUCCUGAGGACACGAUGACUCGCGACAACGCUAUCGUUGUCUUGUUUGGUGACUCUGGAAGCACUUCUCCCGAGUUAAUCAUCGUCUGA